ACUAUUCACUACCCUUACCAUGGAGGUGUUAAACUCCAUGACCCUUACCGAAACGCACCCCUAUUACUUUUUUUUUACAAAUAAUUCGGCCAAUUACCUACUAUCGGAAAUAAUUCAAAAUUUAAAUAUAUGUAAACUAACAAACAUUUUUUUUGUAAAUUUUUAUUAAUGAUUUUUUUUUUUAAUCGUUUUUAUAGUAAUUAAUUAAAAAACAUAUAAAUUAAUAAAUAAAAAUUGAAAUAUAAUUUUAUUUUAAAGUUCUUAGAAUUUAUGUAUUUUUUAAUUUUUUCUAAACUGUUGUCACAACGUUGAUGACUCAACGUGAUUUUAAUCUUGACAAAAGUACAAAAAUAGCUUUAGUUCAGGUGCGUUGGUACGAUAAGACAGUUGUUGGGUAGUUUUGUGUGGUCAAGUGAAAUAAGUAGUUGUGAUAUUAGUGAUGUCAUCUAUCAUUUUUGGAAACAUUAACCACGUUUAGCUAUUAGUCACAAUAUAGAUAAAAAAAUAUAGGUAUAUAAAAAAUUAAGUAUAAUUUUAAGUGUAAUAUUAAACAAGAUGUUUUUCACUUUACUAAUUACUGUGGGUUUUGUAAUACUUAUUUCACCAUUCUACAAUAAAAUUGCCUGCAAAAUAAAACAUUUUUGGUACAACAAUAAAUAUAUCAAUGGUAAAUUCGGUCAAAAUACAAAAAAAAACUUUGCUUUGGAUAAGAUUGUAAUUGCAGAUACUCUGGAAAAAUGUGAAUACGCUGUCCAAUAUAUUCAAAGCAACUUAUCGUAUGGUGUUUUAGGAUUUGAUUGUGAAUGGGUAAACGAAAAUCCUGUAUCACUGCUUCAAUUAGCAACUUUCAAUGGUGUCUGUGUGCUAUUUCGACUUGAUAAAAUUGGAUUUGUUCCUCCGAAUCUGAAAGUAUUGUUGUCAAAUAAAUGCAUACUCAAAGUUGGCGUAGAACCAUUUGAAGAUGGUAAAAAACUUACCAAAGAUUAUGGCUGUCGAGUAUUUGGAACUCUUGAUCUCCGAAAAUAUGCUGAUCACGUGAAUAUUCCAAAUGAACCAGGAUUGGCUUCUCUUUGCAUGAACUAUCUUGGAAUAGAAAUGAAUAAAUUUUGGAAGAUAAGAUGUAGUGACUGGAAUUCUGAUGUUCUAACUGAUGAACAAAUUUCUUAUGCUGCGUCUGAUGCCAUAGCUUCUAUCCAGAUUUAUCAUGAGAUGCAAGUCAAAACCAAGCAAAAAUAUGGUAUAUUAUUUAAUUUUUAUUCUAGUUUCAUUGAUAUUAUAAAACGAAAUUUUUUUAAAAAGAAUAAAAAAAAUUUCAAGACUAAUUUUUUUCACGAGAUUCCUUAUGAAAUUCUGGAUGUCAAAUAUCAUGCACGUUCUUCAAAAAUUAACAAAAACAAUGUAACAGGAAAUAAAACUGUAAAAAUAAAACAGCAACAAGUAUCAAAAAUUUCGAGUAUACCAACACGAAAAGAAUCAUUGUAUAAUCAUUGUCAUUUACAAGCACCUGAUGGAGAACUAUUGUGUAUAUUUGAUCGAAAAAAAGGCAACUGGUAUGUGAGUAAAGGUCUAGGUAAAACAGUAAGCGAAGAUCCAUUUACAGUUAGAUUAAAUUUUGAACCAGUCAGUCGAGGUUUCGCCGAGGUUGAUAAAUAUUAUACUCAAGUUAGAACCAACCAAUGUGUUGUAUGUGGAUCAUUUGAUAAUUUUAUCAAGAAAAAUAUUGUUCCCCGAGAAUAUCGUAAAUACUUUCCAUUGGUGAUGAAAGUUCAUCAAUCUCAUGAUAUCUUGCUACUUUGUUCAUUUUGUCAUGUAAAAAGUAAUGCAAGUGAUCAAGAUUUAAGAAAAGAACUUGCUAGAAUGUGCAAUGCACCUUUCAAUCAAACAGAAUCUGGAUCACAAGUAAAAAAAGAGCAACAACAGAAAAAACGUAAAUUUCUUUUAGCUAUAAACGCAUUGAAAGAUACUACAAUACCACAAAAUCGUAGAGAAGAACUAGAAUCACAAAUACGUGAAUGUACUCAAGGUCAUGAUUUCGACAUUUCCAGUACAAAACAAAUACACGAAAUAAUCAAAUUAAUAAAUGAGUCAUCAUCGUCUGAGCAAGAAAAAACUUCAACUCAUGGUUUGCAAGUUGUUAAAUAUUUCACUGACAAUGAAGGUGGUUUAGUGAGCCUUGAAAAAAUGUGGCGUGAGCAUUUCUUAAAAACUAUGGAACCGCAAUAUCUUCCUCCACUCUGGUCAGUUAGUCAUAAUCAAGAACGCCUUGAAAUUCGACAGGUCCAGAAUCGAAUUGGACCAGAAGAUGCUAAGGUUGCUGGAAUUAAAAAAUAAAUAUAGUACAAAAAAUUUAAUUAAAUACUUUAGGUAAGAUUGCAUAAUGUGAACUUAAGGCGAAUCAAAGAUGCCAAUUGACUGCAUUAUAUUUUAAACAAAAGUAUUUAUUGACUGUUACAAUAUUUAUGUUAAAAUAUAUUUAUUAAUUAUUAUUUUUAUGAAUAAUAAAUGACGCAAUACAAUUUAAAAAAGUACCCAGUUUUUUAAUUUUUUAUUCAUUCAAAGCCAUAUUAAAAAUUUGGAUCUUUCUCAGGUGGAAUUUUGUUAUGAAAAAAUUUGAUAAUAAUUGAAAUGGAGCCUCUGGAAGAAAGGAAAAAAGCAGACAGGUACUUAGGAAACACUGAAUGGUACACUAGUGAGGGCUCUCUGCAUUCUAUUCUCCAAGUUAGCUGACUUCCCUCUUCGCAUACACCGCACAAGAAAAAAAACGAGACAAAUAAAAGAAUACAUUUAAAAAUUAAAACAAGAUCAAAAUUUAAAUGCCAUUAUACAGAUACUAAAAAAUAAUAUUUUCUUUUAUUACGUUAUCUGUAAAAUUAUAAAAAAACAAAUAACAAGAUCAAACUGAUUAAUUAAACAGUAAAAAUUUUAUUUGUUUUUGUACUUUUAACAUUAUCAUUUAUUUAAUUAAUUGUCAUACAUGCAAUCUUUUUUUUUUGCUUUGACAAUCGAUGUUCAUGUCACUGGUUAAUAAAUAAAAUUACUUCUAUAAAUUUUUUAAAAAUAUAACUAGUUUGAAAGACAGAAGAAUUGACAAAUGAUUAUCUCGACAAAAUUAAUUAUUCAUAAUUUGAAUUGUCGCAAAAUGACGUUAGUAAACAAUGAUAGGAUAAUAAUAUUUUAUAAAAAUAUAAAACAUUUAUUUUUAUUGUCGUUGAAUUUUAACAAUUAACUUUUCAAAUUUUUAAGACGUAAUCAUACGAUAAAUGUAUUUCAAUUGAAUCUAUAUAAAUAUUGAAUGAAAAAAAAAA